AGUUCAAAAGGACAGCAAGCUAGCGAAGGAAGUACGCCAUGGAUUCCGUUCUCCGGCUCCCGUACGACGCCGCCGUGCGUGCUGCCCUCUCGUCGCUGGAACGCAACCUCCUCCCCGACACCAUCGUGCGCCGCCUCACCCGCCUCCUCCUCGCAGCCCGCCUCCGCCUCGGCUACCAGCCCACCGCGGAGCUCCAGCUCUCUCACCUCCUCCUCUUCAAACGCUCUCUCCUCGACCUCCCCAUCGCCAUCCUCACUGAAAAACCUAAAUCUCAGCAUUACGAGCUCCCUACCUCCUUCUUCAAGCUCGUCCUCGGCAAACAUCUCAAGUACAGGCACUACCUUUGCAGCGGCUGCUACUUUCUUGAGAAAUCAAGCAGUUUGGAUGAUGCCGAGCUUGCAAUGUUGGAUCUCUAUUGUGAGAGAGCGCAACUGAUGGAUGGGCAGAGCGUUCUUGAUGUUGGAUGUGGCUGGGGUUCACUUUCCUUGUUCGUAGCUUGCAAAUUCCCUGAUUCUCAUGUUACUGGGAUUUGCAAUUCGAUUACCCAAAAAGAGUUUAUAGAUGAACAAUGCCGGGAGCGUCAGUUGACAAAUGUGAAGAUAAUUGUUGCAGAUAUCAGUAAUUUUGUGAUGGAGGAUCAAUUUGAUAGAGUGAUUUCUAUAGAGAUGUUUGAGCACAUGAAGAAUUAUAAGGAACUUCUCAAAAAGAUAUCUUUAUGGAUGAAACCGGAUGGCUUACUGUUUGUACAAUAUUUUUGCCACAAAACAUUUGCUUACCAUUUUGAGGACAACAAUGAAGAUGACUGGAUUACGAGGUACUUCUUCACUGGUGGCACAAUGCCUUCUGCAAACUUGUUACUGUAUUUUCAGGACGAUGUUUGUGUAGUUGAUCAUUGGCUGGUUAGUGGGACACAUUAUUCAAGGACAAGUGAAGAAUGGCUUAAAAGAAUGGACCAGAACAUGGCUUCUAUAAGACCUAUAAUGGAGUCUACAUAUGGAAAAGAAUCCGCGACCAAAUGGACAGCAUACUGGCGAACAUUCUUCAUAUCUGUCGCAGAAUUGUUCGGCUACAACAAUGGAGAAGAGUGGAUGGUUGCACACUACCUCUUUAACAAAAGAUCAAUUUCAUGAUCAAAUAACUUCUCCGACUACCGAAUAACUAACUCCCGUCAGCAACUUCUAACGGUCGAAUUCCUUCACCCUGACCGUUUAAUUAACUGAGAGCUCUAGUUGGCUGGUGGCUUCUUCGGCACGGGAUGAGAUCUCCUCCUCCUGUCUCCAUCUUCGAUAUUGUCAUUGCCGUCAUUUUUCUUCAUCAGCAGCAGCAUCAUCAGCAUCAAUCUCAACAAAACCGUCAUUUCAACGCAACGAGCUCCGGCAUAGAUACAAAGGAUCUUGAGUAGAGUUUAACAUCUAACAGCAUGCUAACACUUUGGUGCUGUUCAGUGGUCAUUGUGAUGAACUUUAGAGGUCUCAGAGGCCAUGCUGUUCUUGAAGAGAGUCCUAGUGUUUUGGAAAGAAGGGCUUGAUGUCAAACAACACCGUUAUGUUGUCCCACAUGUCGGACUCCUCCAGCUUGACAAGGCCCUGCACUUGCUCUCACUCAACCAACGAGAGCGAAAUGGCUAUUUUGCUGCCAACGUGGCGGUGGUGGGGCCAAUUGUUGUUGGACUUUGACUUUGACUCUAACAACAGAAGAGUGAUAUUUCUUCAUUCUUGUCAAGUCCAAAGUCAAAGAUUGAGAGUUUGAAUCCUUCCCAAUUAAAUAGUUUAAAAUUGAUUUUUUUGUCCUGUCAAAUUUAAUGUUAAAGGUUGAGAGUUUAAAUUUCU